GGGAGACCUCCCCGUGGUGCAAACCCGGCCUGGGGCAGGAGGAGUAGUGGAGAAAAUGUGAGAACCACUUUCCGCCCUGCUGAAGCAGAUUUGCACGGAUCCCUGCCCGCUUCACCCUUCCUCCUCCUCCAGCCUUUCCUCACCCCCAAGGAAGUGGCCUAAGCAGGGGUGAGAGCAACCUUUGAGCCCUCCCGCCGUGCAAGAGAUUACCAGCCCAGGCAGGUGGGUGGGAGAGCGGGCGGUGCCCUCACGUUCCUCUCCCACCCUUGCUUUUCUCCUGCGUGUGUGGCUUUCCCUUGCACACCCACUCCCUCCCCACUUCACAGCUUAGGAAGAGACCUCAGGGAUGGGACAGGGCCGGGCCGGGUCCUUCCCUUGACCCCUUCCUGGGGGUCUCCAGAUGUCCCCCACGAUAAGACACUCCCGCGGUGACCUUGGCGGCCACCUCCCUGCCAGGAACGGGGGAUCAAGGCUGUCCGGCUGGCCUUGCCGGCGGCCCCUCCUGCAGCAGCAGCAGCAACAGCAAGCUGGCCACGGGGGAAGCCUCCUCCUGCGUCCGUCAGGGCCUCUUUGGCGGAAGGCCUUUCGUUCCGCGUGCGGAUCCGCUGAUUCCAACAGUGGGACUCCCUGAGCCAAAAGGGUGUACAGAAUUCCUGAAGUCUAAUUUCAGUAGCAAAUCCUCCUUUGAUAUGUUCCACAGGGCCGCCUGGGGGGACAUGAUCCAGGGAAACCGGGGGGGGGGCGGGACGGACAGGGGAGGCAGGUUGGAAGGCCUCCCUGUUCCCCCCCCCCAUCUGGCCUCUUUGCUAAGUUUCCGGUUCCUCCGGGUGUCUUGUCCUUUUGCAGGUCCAGAUCUGCCGCUUCCACCGAUUCCUGCUCCAGCGCAGGAAGAGCCCCUGGCUGCUCAAGGCGCCUCCGCACUGCAGGGGGCGGUCGGUGUCUGCACCCUCCAGGUCUCGUGGGCAGUGGGGGCUGAUGAAGAAGGCCCUCCUGGGAGCCUCGGUGGGGAUCCCUCUGGCAGUCGGGAUCCGCUACGCCGUGGCAGACAAGAAGGAACGCCGGAAGGCGAGGCUGCUGGUGGAGGGCAUCGGGCGCUUUGUCAGAUCGCUGCGGCUAGGAAUCCAGAUCUCUCUGGAUUACUGGUGGACGCACCACAUCUCGUUACGGGGCCUGGACGAGAACAGCCCAGAAUACCUGACGGUCCUGUCAGGCUGCCACCAGCGGUCGGCCGAUUGCAUCGUCUCGGGCGCCAUCCAGAACGGGGGGCUUUACGUCAAGCUGGGCCAGGGCCUGUGCGCCUUCAACCACCUCCUGCCCCCCGAGUAUGUCAACACCCUGCGCGUGCUGGAGGACCGGGCGCUCAAGCGCGGCUACACGGAGGUGGAUGACCUGUUCCUAGAAGAUUUCACCGCCAGGGCCGACCAGCUCUUCCUGGAGUUUGACUACCAGCCCGUCGCGGCUGCCAGUUUGGCCCAGGUGCACCGAGCCCGGCUUCACGAUGGCACCCCCGUGGCGGUGAAGGUCCAGUACAUCGACUUGAGGGACCGGUUUGACGGGGACCUCCACACCUUGGAGUUCCUCCUGCGGAUCAUAGAGCUGAUGCACCCCAGUUUUGGGUUCAGCUGGGUCUUGAAGGAUCUGAAGGGCACCCUGGCCCAGGAGCUGGACUUUGAAAACGAGGGGCGCAACUCGGAGCGCUGCGCCCGGGAGCUGGAGCACUUCCGCUUUGUGGUGGUUCCUCGCGUCCAUUGGGAGAAGAGCAGUAAGCGGGUCCUGACGGCCGAUUUCUACGAAGGCUGCAAGAUCAACGACCUGGAAGGGAUCCAGAGGCAAGGCCUGCAGCUCAAGGAUGCGGCAGGCAAGUUGGUCCGGACCUUUGCCGAGCAGAUCUUCCUGACUGGGUUCAUCCAUGCCGAUCCACACCCAGGAAACGUGCUGGUGCAAAAAGGCCCCGACGGGACGGCUCGGCUCAUCCUUCUCGAUCACGGGCUGUACGAGUUCCUCCAUGAGAGGGAACGGGAAGCGCUGUGCAAGCUGUGGCGAGCGAUCAUCUUGCGUGACGAUGCGUCCAUGCAGUUGCACUCCAAGGAAUUGGGUGUGAAAGCCGAGGACUACUUCCUCUUCUGUGAGCUGUUGCUGCAGCGGCCGAUCAACAUGGCGUCCCUGGCGCUGGCCAACCUGCUGACCCGGGAGGAGACGGCGUACAUGCAGGACAUGGCCAAGCACCGCUUUGACCGCAUCAUGAAGGUGCUGAAGGACCUCCCUCGCUCCAUGCUGCUGGUCUUCCGCAACAUCAACACCGUGCGGGGCAUCAACGUGGCCCUCGGGGCCCCCGUGGACCGGUACUACAUCAUGGCGAAGAGGUGGGCAGGAUGAGGCCCUUAGAGGAAGCCUCUGCUUGGCCGGCAGGUCUCGGAGGCUGCUUCUGGAACAUGUUUUUUUUGGGGGGGGGCUUAGUGUUGCUUAGCGGGGGUGCCUUUGUCGGUGACUUCUCCUGCCUGGCUUGUUAGGCUCCUUUUUCACAUGCCUCCCUCCCGCCCAAAGCGCUCUUGGCAUGUGAUGCACGCACAGACACAUGCGCACACGCGCAGCCUCCUGCUAGGAAGCCGUUAGAAGAAAAGAGCUUUGGGUUUUCUGUCUUAACUGCUUGCAGAAGUCCUGAAAGUAGAACGCGUGGUAGUUUCCCCACCACAAAGCCUUUUGCAGGGGGAAGCCGUUUGGGGGAGCAUCUCCUCUGGAAAAGACGCAGCCAGCGGAAGGGUGUGUGUGUGUGUGUUUUAGUGGGGAGGAGAAACAAGGAAAGGCUGAGCGUGCUUUCCGAUCACAAGUGUCACGCUAGCUUUCCUGGAUGCGAAGUCUGGUGGGCGGGAGGGAGGCUGGCUGCUCCAGGGAGUUUCCAUGUGCCUUUCUGGGUGUGCCUUUCUGCAGAUGCCUGCCUGCAUUUUUCGUGAGUAGAUUCAGGCGGCAUUUAAUGUACAACCCUGAACCCUGGAAAGUGGGGCAAUGUGUCGCCGGCAUAAUUAACUUGUAAACCACCCAGAGUGCACUGUAAGCACUAUGAGGUGGUAGGUAUAGAAGCAGCGCAUGCUGUGUGUGCGCAUGCACAUUUCCUGGGAAGGGGAGACUGGGAGGAGGGGGUUGCCAGCAGCUGUCUGCCCCAGAGAGGGUUCCCUCCCCCCCCCGGUGC